GCCAAUGGCUGCGGCAGGAGAGGAAUUAGCAGCGGAAACUCCAGGUUCGGUUCAAGAAAGAUGACACAGAGCCUGUCGGGCCCGCGCACUCUUGGCAAAGUUUCAGUGCGACGAGAGGCGCCGGGCGCUCCAUGGCUGCGCCGUAACGGGGACCCAGCCGCCUCCCCGCCCAGCCCAGCCCAGCCCUUCUGCCCGCCCAGGAUGGAGGCGCCCGCCAGCGCGCAGACCCCGCACCCCCACGAGCCCAUCAGUUUCGGCAUCGACCAGAUCCUCAACAGUCCGGACCAGGACAGCGCACCCGCCCCGCGGGGGCCCGACGGCGCCAGCUACCUGGGAGGGCCCCCGGGGGGCCGUCCGGGCGCCACAUACCCGUCUCUGCCCGCCUCCUUUGCCGGGCUCGGCGCGCCCUUCGAGGACGCGGGAUCUUACAGUGUCAACCUGAGCCUAGCUCCCGCCGGUGUGAUCCGGGUGCCGGCGCACAGGCCACUGCCCGGGGCUGUGCCACCGCCUCUGCCAAGCGCGCUGCCCGCCAUGCCCUCCGUGCCCACGGUCUCCAGCCUGGGCGGCCUCAAUUUCCCCUGGAUGGAGAGCAGCCGCCGCUUUGUGAAAGACCGCUUCACAGCGGCCGCCGCGCUCACGCCCUUCACCGUGACCCGGCGCAUCGGCCACCCCUACCAGAACCGGACGCCGCCCAAGCGUAAGAAGCCGCGCACGUCCUUUUCCCGGGUGCAGAUCUGCGAGCUGGAAAAGCGCUUCCACCGCCAGAAGUACCUGGCUUCAGCCGAGAGGGCGGCGCUCGCCAAGUCCCUCAAAAUGACGGACGCGCAGGUCAAGACCUGGUUCCAAAACCGGAGGACCAAGUGGCGGCGGCAGACGGCGGAGGAGCGGGAGGCGGAGCGGCAGCAGGCGAGCCGGCUCAUGCUGCAGCUGCAACACGACGCCUUCCAAAAGAGCCUCAACGACUCCAUCCAGCCCGAUCCACUCUGUCUGCACAACUCGUCGCUUUUUGCUCUGCAGAAUCUACAGCCCUGGGAAGAGGAUAGUUCUAAGGUUCCAGCCGUCACCUCGCUGGUGUGAGCCACCAGCGCGCACUGUCGCCAUGGAUCGCCGCCCCCACCUGGCGGGGCGUCCCGAACCCCCAGCCGGGCUGGGGGAGAACUGGGGCCGAGAGGGGAAGGGACCGCCAAGUUCUAGUAGGCCCUGGGGUGCGGCUGCACACGGCCAGCCACAGAGUGGGGCUGGGCCCGGGCUCCGCGCGGCUGCACAAUCCGAGCCCCCGCCCUGCGCCCCGUCCCGCCCCAGGCCCGAGCCUGACAAAGAAAGCGCCUUACGUUUCUCCGCCUCCCGCCCGCACCCCCCGGGCUGGGCGCCUGUAUUAUACUUUGUACUUUUGCCCAAACGUGUAAAUAAUAAAAGUUUUGGCUUUUUUCUUUAGACACCGGCGACCUGCUUCCCCUGCGGGGGCCGCCGGAGGAGGGGCAGCCGACCCAGCGGUUGGGGGAAGCGCCUGGGGCCGGGGACACCUUGCGUUUAGGCUGGGUUCACUCCUCUCC